AUGAGGUUCAAAUUUGGUGGGUUGAUGCCUGGCGAUCAAAACUGUGGGGAAGCUGCUUACGUGAUCCUUCACGAUCGGCUCGAGACAAAAGCAGCAAUUUCUGAGCUUGACCUCCGCAAACCCCAGAGGAUGUCAGCAGGCCGAACACGGGCGCAACUGAAAGGCGCCCCCGACUACGAUGAUCCCUCUUUCUGGGACACGAAAUUCGCCACAGGGCAAGAUGUCGGGGAAUGGUUAAAUCCCGGCGAAAUUCUCCUUGACGCAGUCAUCUCCUUUCUAGAACUGUCUGCGACCGCGACGCAAAACAGGCCUCGAGUCCUGCAUCUGGGUCCAGGUAUAUCUAGACUCGGAACAAAAGUGCGAGACGCGUUCUCGGAACGAGGCUGGAUGGGGAAUGGCAUCGUGAAUGUUGAUUUCUCCUCCGAAGCGGUUCGUCUUGGCCAGGAAGUCGAAAGUAAGCAAGACCCUUCUCAAGCCAUGCAUUGGCAACGUGUCGACCUCAGAUCAUGGACCGACGUGUCGCGGCUACAUACCUUCGCUCCUUUUGAUGUGAUUUUGGACAAGAGCACUAGCGAUGCCAUUGCGACCUCCAGCCCUGUGAGCUUCACACCGGAAUCAAGCAGGUCAGACAUCUGCCCUACUGUACACAAUAUCGUUUGCAGGAAUGAGGAAGCCGUUACCAUUCCCCCGGUUGAACUUCUGGCGAUGCACUUGGUGCCAUUGACGCGAAAAGGGUCCAAGUGGUUCGUGCUUUCAUACUCAACCAUGAGAUUUGAUAACCUCUCGGAUCUGUCUGUAUACUGGGAAGUAAUAUCCCGCAUACCAUUGGAAGCGCCACGUGGUUCGACAGCGUCUGGAGCUCAUACGCCGCCGGUCUAUCACUGGAUGUAUACGCUACAACGGAAGUAG